AAAUCGUUCGAUUUAUUUUGUCAUCUCUAUUUACUGUGGAGCUUUAUAAUACUAGCUCAACUACAUGUAUAGUUGUAUACGUAGCGUAUACUUUCAUUUCAUUAGCUGGUUUCGUAUGGUUUAAAAUGUUAACCUGCGUAUUCGACUGAAACGUUAUAUACCUUUAAAUGAUAGAAAUGGAAUAAUACGAACAAUGGAGAAUGGAGAACAUUUACAAAAAGUGGAUUACAUUCAUGCUUGUUUUGAUAUGGGUGUCCAUGGGCCUGUUUCUGGAGAUCGGAGGACCAACGAUGAUAGAUCUGCGGAUUCGCUUCAAUUGCACGUCAGAGGACGUGGCUCGGUCCGUGUCCGCCCAGGGGUUCGGUAUAUUUAUCGGCGCCCUGAUUGGUGGGUCGACUGUUGACGCAAUGGGCUCGUGGAGGUUCCUCCUCGUGACGGCUUCGGUUGCCAUGGCGUCUCUAGCCGUGAUGGCUAUGCCGUUCUACAUCAAUCUUACGUUCCUCUGGUUCAUGUUUCUUAUAACAGGGGGAGCUGCCGGUCUUAUCAACGUUGCUGGUCAGAGGAUACUGCUGGAGCUAUGGCGGGACAAGGUCGCCUCCCCCAUGCACGCUAUGCAUAUGGGCUUCGGGAUUGGUGCCCUCAUCAGCCCUCUCAUUAUCAACCCAUUCCUGGCAGUCCUGCAGUUUAAAGACACAUCAGAGUUGACAAAUACCACAAGUUAUCCGGACCAAGAAUUCAUUGUUCUACAGGAAUCACGUGUACAAUAUGCUUUUGUUACCAUAGCGAUAUGUGCGGCGGUCCUCGGUUCGCCGUUUUUCGUAUUCCCGUUUGUUAAGUGUUGGAGGGGCGGUAGAGACGGUUAUGAUCAUAUGGACGGCAAGCCGGAAACACAGUCCGCUUCUUCAGGGCGCACAAGGCGCUUCUUAGACGCAAUCAAUCCUGCCUCGUAUGCCGGCGGAGACUUUAAGUAUGGUCUUACCGUAUUCAUUAUUAUACUCAUCCUAUAUAUGAAUCUAGUUGGAGGGGAGCAAUUAUUUGGUAACUUUAUACGAACUUUUUCUGUGGAUGAGUUGAAGUUUCCUCGAAAUGAGGCGUCAUAUCUGGACACGGUGUAUUGGGGAUGCUUCACUCUCGGCAGGUUCACGGGCUCUGUGCUGGCCAACUGUGUUUCAAUAAGGAAACUGUUCAUCAUGGAUCUCUUUCUGAAUCUCACCGCAAUCACAUUAGCUGACAUUUUCGCCACCAGGAACCAAUCGACGCUGUGGGCAUUCACGGCCAUCGUCGGCUUCUUCAUCGCGCCGCUGUUUCCGGCCGGAAUCUCCUAUAUUAACACACAGAUCGAAGUCAGUGGACUUGUACUCACACUUGUCGUCUUCGCCUCGGGAUUCGGACACCUCUUCUACACCUGGGUCGAAGGAGCUCUGUACGAAUCAUACGGCCCGAGAACUAUCCUCUACGCAAUGCAGUUUUCAUCCAUUUUUGUUUGUUUAAUAGCUUUGGUAUUUGUUGCAAUAAGUUUUAAGCGUGGUGACAGGUUGAAGGACUUGGAACAGAACCUUGUUGUUAACUCUAAGGGGGAUGACUCCACCAUCUCAGCCGACAUGGGUUACACACAGCUGGAUCAGACCUCCAUAUCCACGCAGUCAGAGGACUAACUUCUCAACUUUGUAUAUUACACAGCUAUAUUGUUGUAUAUCAUGUUAAUUUUAUUUCAUAAAUAAUAUUAUAUUCUUUUAUUUAUUUUUAAAUUGAUAAAUAUAUUCAUGUGAAUUCCUUUACCAUUGUAGGAGAAGCAAGUUGUUUUUAUUGUUUUCUGUUAUUGAAUACAUAUAUAUAUUCAUGUUAUAAGGUGAAAUGAAAAAUAUCUGUUGUUUUCAUCCAGUCCACAAAAAGCGGUAUUCGCAAAUAUAUUAAGGGUAAGAAGGGGGCUGACACGUCAAAGCCUUAGGCAGUUGUAAUAUGGUGGUGUAACCCAUCUCCCCCUUGUGCGCAUAAUACUCAUUGAAAAUUUUAUCGGAAACAUAUUAUAAACUGUUUGGAGUGUAAACGUACCAUAUGUUGCCAGCAUUGCAGUUUCUGCGUACGGCGAUACAUCAUCUUGGUAAAAACUGCAACACAUUUAAUGUUAUUGAUACACGAUUGGGAUGGACAGCAAGUUAUAAACAACGAUGCAACAUGACACGAUAACGUCUGGAUUGAAGAGUUAUGAUGAGAUCAUUUUUGCAUGUGCAAAUAAAAGCAGCAUGAUAUAAUUUAUUUGAUAUAUUGUACCAUUAUUUCCAAGUUUGUAAGCUUCUGAAAAGCAUGACAAAGGGAGACUAGAGGGAAAUCGAGAAAUAAAAAGGAAGAAACUGU